CUAUUCAACUCAUUCCUUCAUUUUCAAUUUUAUCCUUUUUUUUUUUUUUUUUUCAAACUCAACCUAUCCCCAAAUUAAACACUUAAACCCCAUUUAUCCAUAUUCUCCCCUUCAUGGCUUCCAUCAACUUCAACCCUUUAGGGGGAAACUGGUUCUCCAAACCCCCAAACCCUCUCUCUCUCCCUCCCUUACACAACAUUCUCCAUUUCUCCGAACCAUGUUCCCCCCAACCCAACUUCGCCGCCAUCUCUCUCCCAAACAUCUUCCGAAGAAAACCAAAGAAAAACGACACCGAACCCGGUCCAAACGAACAAAUGGUCCACCAAUUCCUCUGGGAAUGCGAUAACCUCCCCGACUACAGACACACCCCUGAGGUCGAAAAAAUCCUAAACGACAACCCCGUUUUCGAGAUACGCGAAAACGCGACCGAAGAAGAGAUCAAAGAGAACGAGGAGUGGAUAGAGAAGCUGAAGAACAGUCCCGUUGUGCAGUUUUUGAUGCGCGCAGAGGAGAUUGCGGAUAAGAUGAACGAGUUGGAGUUGAAGGCGAAUGAGAAGCCGUACCACAAGGAGGAUUGGGAGCUGUGGAAGGAAGUUCCGCAUGUUAUUGGGCUUGAUGGAAGACCCAUGCCCAGGAAGGCCCUCAAAACCAAGAAGGAGGCUGAUGAUGUGUUUUGGGAUUUUGCCAGGCAGUUCUUUUUUGGGCUUUGGAAUUUUUGGCAGAGGCCUUACCCUCCCGGCAAGCCCAACGAUGCCGCCCAAUCCAUUGGGUAUAAGAAUCUCGAGAGGCGCUAUUAUGACUUUAUCAUGAGGAGUGGUGGAUGGUACUAUAAGGAUCGGCUGGGUCGCACACGAGGACCGCUAGAGUUAAUUACUCUUAAAACCGCGUGGGGUGCUGGCAUUAUUGAUAAGAACACCUUCAUUUGGGGUGAAGAUAUGGAUGAAUGGGCUCCCAUCCACAUGAUUUACGGAAUGGAGCGGGCAAUCGCUACCUGGGAAGUUAGACUUGCUGCUUCAGCAACAGCAUUCCUUCACAAACUGCAAAAAGGUAUACCACCAUGGGUUCCUCUUAAGGGAUUUGAGAAGAAGACUUACAAGCAGCUUCAAGAAGAGGCUAUAGAAAGCAAGAGACGUGAUUUAGCAGUGUUGGAAGCUAAUGAUGGUAUUUGGCCUGGAGUUAGAAUUCCAAGUCAUGCGCUAUUUCUUUGGGCUAGUGGCUCUGAACUAACCAAUAUGUUGGAACAGGAUCACAUGCCCAACAAAUACAUUCCCAAAUAUCUCAGGAAGAAGUUGGCUGAAAUUAUUCCAGGGUUGAGGCCGUGGGAAGUUCUGAGCAUGGAACAAGCAAUGGAUCGAAUAACAUUUAACGGUGAAUGGUACCGUGAUCCACUUGGUUCAUAUACCACUGGUCCCCCGUAUCUACAGCACUGGAAUAAAGACGUUAAGAUGUUGUAUAAGCUAUUUGAUGAUCUUAACACUGAAUUGUACGAGAAAAUGGAGGAAACAGUUGCUGGCUUUGACAAGAUUAGGGAGAAGGUAUUGAUGGAUUAUGUAAAAAGUGUUGAUAGACUGUUGAAGAAGAGAGCCAAAGAGAAAAGAGAAGCCCGGAAAAAAGUUGGGUUGCCAGAGUAUGAGUGGAAUGAGAGAAAAGAUGACAAAUAGCAUCAUUUCUUACAUAAUUUCUGCAGAUCAUAUGGUAAGAUUCUAUUGUGUGUGACAAGUUAAAAUAUUUUAAAUUUAAUUAAUUUGAGCUACUGACCAAUGACCAAUGUAACAUCAUUAUCAAAAGCAAUUUAUUUACCCUCUUAUUGACUGAGUAUGAAAAUGGAAUGGGGGAAGUAAGGUGAAGGUU